GAAAUGGUGAGCUCCCAGCCCGGCCGGCAGCAGUCAAGCAUGGGACGCCGAGCACCGAGUAGCCAGGAGGCUCCGGACGGACGCUAACGGUGCGAGCAGCUGCAAAGACCGGCUUGUCCUUCGGCGUCUUUGGACGAUUUCAGGUGGCGGAAAAAAGGAAAAUCAAAAGCAGCGCGGGAGGAUGGAGGUAGAGAAACGGGCCAACGGGUUCGACUACCCGGAGAGAAACAACGCCAAGUCCGUUACCGGCUUUUAUGGGGACCAAUCAUUGGAACCUGACCAUAAUGACAGCAUUGAUGAUCCAGCUGAGCAGCGUACCUGCCUCAUCUGUGGCGACCGAGCCACAGGCCUGCACUACGGCAUCAUCUCUUGCGAGGGCUGCAAGGGCUUCUUCAAGCGCAGCAUCUGCAACAAGCGCGUGUACCGAUGCAGCAGGGACAAGAACUGCGAGAUGUCGCGCAAGCAGCGCAAUCGCUGCCAGUACUGCCGCCUGCUCAAGUGCCUCCAGAUGGGGAUGAACCGCAAAGCAAUCAGAGAGGACGGCAUGCCGGGAGGGAGGAACAAAAGCAUCGGACCGGUUCAGAUCACGGAGGAGGAGAUUGAACGCAUUAUGUCAGGCCAGGAGUUCAAAGAGGACGCCCCGGAGCACACGUGGGGCAACAACGGCGACAGCGACCACAGCUCUCCUAGCAACGGCGCCUCGGAGGGCAACCAGCCGUCACCCGUCUCCACGCUGUCGUCCAAUCGCUCCAUGGAAAUGAACGGCUACACGGCAGCCCUCAGGGACCAGUACAUCAACACCUCCAUGUCCACGCAUUACCAGCUUUUACCACAUCUCUUCAGCUACGCCGCCCAAUCCGGCCUGCUGGCCCCCCAGCCCCGCAGCCUGUACCCCCAGUCCCACCCGCUGGUGCUGCAGCUGGUGGCUGCAGAAGACCUGGCCCCCCUGGCCACGCCGAUGCUCAUAGAGGAUGGCUACAAGGUGACCCAGGUGGAGCUGUUUGCCCUCCUGUGCCGCCUGGCCGACGAGCUGCUGUUCCGCCAGAUCUCGUGGAUCAAGAAGUUGCCUUUCUUCUGCGAACUCUCCAUCGAAGACUACACCUGCCUGCUCAGCUCCACCUGGCAGGAGCUCAUCCUGCUCUCCUGCCUCACCAUCUACAGUGCCCAGAUCUUUGGCGACUUGGCUGACGUCACUGCCAAGUACACGCCGUCCGAUGACGAGCUGCAGGGUUUUAGUGAGGACGGCAUGGAGGUGAUGGAGAGGCUGAUUUAUCUGUUCCGCAAGUUCCACCAGUUGAAGAUCAGCAAUGAAGAGUACGCCUGCAUGAAAGCCAUCAACUUCCUAAAUCAAGAUAUCAGAGGACUGUCAAACAUCUCUCAGCUGGAGCAGCUGAACAAGCGCUACUGGUAUGUGUGCCAGGAUUACACGGAGUACAAAUACCCACACCAGCCCAAACGCUUCCCUGAGAUCAUGAUGUGUCUGCCAGAGAUUCGCUGUAUAGCAGGUAAGCUGGUCAACGUCCCGCUGGAGCAGCUCCCGCUCUUGUUCAAAGCAGUCUUGCACUCCUGCAAAUCAAGCCUGACCAGCUACAGGACUGGCCCGUCGCCCUGCGUGACCACCUCCUCUGGAAACUAGGGGCCGGCCUGACCCCCAGCGCCCCCAGCGCCCCCAACGCCCCCACCGCCCCCACCGCCCCCACCGCCCCCACCCCCUACGGCCAGGGAACGGUCGCCCCUUUUGUGAAUGUGACAAGCAGCUAGUUUGUUUUUUUCUUGUGAUAUUUAUUACACGACAGAGCUGAAUGUAUGCUGAUUUCCACUGUGCACACGCUUCUGUCCAAACAAAUGCUCAUAGAUGCAUUGGUCUUGGAGUUUACACGUGUGUAUCCGGUUUGCUCAUGUGUCAGUGUUGCCAUUGUUAGAGCUAGACUUAAAAAAAAGAGUUUAUUUUAUUCAGAUGGGGGCAGAUAGACACGAGUGGCAAGUGUUUUGAGACUACCUCAGGAAGAUGUUAUUGCUAUUUUUGUGGUGUUAAUGAAGAGUCGUCCAGUCCAAUACCAAAUCCCAGUGGACGCGUCACUCACAGGCUGAAUGUUGACCAGAGCUGUGCAAAUCAAACAUGGAUAAAACGCGCUUUUAUUCCACCAAACAUAUGAAAUAGAGCUACUUUAUCUGCAUGGACUUUUUGGAUGGUUCUGCUUACACGAGGAAGUCGUGUCAAGGUAACAUUCCACGAGUUAAGGUGACAGCUAUUUGGAUCUUUGGGAUCUUAGGAAAAGGAGAAUACGGGUAUUUUUUACAAUCGUAGACUGGGGAUGUAAGGUUUUAUUGCAAGGGUAUUGGAGGGUAGCUAGCUUUGCUGUUUGUUGUCUUGUUUUUGACCAAAGUGUUAUGCAAUGCUUUUUUUUUUUCUCAAUGCCCAUCGGCGGGCAUGGAGCUUACAGCUCAACAAAAACAACUAAUCUUGUCGUUGAAGGAUCGGAUAAGAAACCAAUCAAUCUGAUGGACAGAUGAACAUAUGCCAGAUUCCCUUCCAAAUGCCGCUGAACCCGCACACAUAUUUACAUUCAACAGGCGCGUUUUGGGGGGAAGCGACUAACUGAUCAGUAGAGCUGCAACCAUGUCCGACUAUUGCAGUCAGCGUUUUUUUCAUUGAAAUAUGUAAAUGUCCUCUGAUUUCACACUCUCAAAUAUGAAGAUUUUUUCAUUUCUUUCACCAUCCAUGACAGCAGAACUGAACAGAACUGUCAAAACAAUAUGAGCUUUGACUUUGGAAAACCGAUGAACCCGACCGCCGUUUGUGUUUGAUUCAUAUUGCGACAGACUUCAGAUGAACCGACCAGGAAAACAAUCAUUAGGUCGCGGUUGUCAGGGAAAAGGAAAAGACUUUGGUAGCCUGGGAGCCAAGGAUUCAAAGGCACCCUUAGUUUAGAAUUUUGUGCCCGAUGACGGACUUCACCCAAACAAGGAGCCUCAGAUGAAGCCACUAGGAAAGUCUUAGUUAGUAGUUGCAGCCCUACUGAUCAGCCGGUUCAAUCAACUGUCAUGCCGAUGGCCUCGUACCGUGGGCACCGUGGGCAUGUCAGACUGUGGUCAGGUCCUGCCAGGUCCAAUCAUGCUUUUGCACAGACCGAGAUGCAGAUUUAGGUGAGACCUGGCCCAAACUGUCUCAGGUAAAGUUGAAUGUGACUAGCAAGGAAUGUCCUGCCGCGUUUGCAGAUAAUCAGUGGAACCCGAGUGGGAUUUCUAGCGAGGGAUGGAUGGGUUCCGAGCAUUCUGGUGCUUGCUCUCUGUGACAAAUAUGCACAUUGUUGGAGAAUACGGUCUUUAUUUUUGAAGUACGAGAUGAUCGUGUUGAAUCGCUUGAAGUAUCGUCUUUGAUUACUCGACUUUUUUGUGUCGUUUGUGAUUAUCCGUUGUGUGAUGUGCAAGCAGACAAAAAUGCAGUCAUUGCGACGACUCUCUUUUUUGCACACAAAGGUGAGGUUCAGAGACCUCGGCCGCUGCCCACCCGGUGUGUUCCUCUCUCAGGUCCGACUGGCCUGGAUGGAAACAGGGUAAAGUGAGUGUCAUGUCUUGCAUUCAGGAGUUCCUCAAGACCUGCUCAAGUGCUUGUUGUGUUAGUAGACGUAGGCCAGGACAUCGUAGGUCCGCUGUAGGAAAAACAUUGAUUUGCGUGAUCCUGCCCCUUCAUGCAGGUGAAGGUUUGAAAGCGAAACGCGAAAUUAGUGAUGAGCAGCGUUCGAAUAUCUGCUCUUCAUCGCCGUGUUUCCCUUCCAAAGGCUCAGUUAGCCUCUUUUUGAUUUUUAGGCCUUUUCAUGUACCUAUGUAGUUUUUGUGAAUGUUUUGGGUUUUUGUUAUACUUCAUGUAUUCAUUGUCUUUUUUUCUUGGCACGAGGAGAAAGCCUCAGUUCUCUUUUUUUUUUACCUUUGGUGGACUUGAUUUAAAAUGCAUUCCCGUUGUGCACGGCGAGUUAUGAAAGGAGAUGUGAUGUCAGACACAUUUUUACGUGCUGAUCCUGGAGUAAUACACCAUACACCAUACACCAUGUUCCAUUUUUUUCUACUGGUAUUAACCCAUAAGAACCCACACCCAAAUCUGCUCCAAGUAAAAUUACACGGAGACCAUUUGUGCCGAUAUAAUGAACACGGGACUCGUCACUGUUUUGCCAAAUGCUCUGCAAAAUAAAACCAUGGAGCUUCGCUAUGACGCCCAGGGCUAGUUCCUAUCACCUCAGCGUUCGAAAAGUCCCAAAAUGUUUACCAACGACGACCUGAGGACUAAAGCCAUCUGCGAUUCCAUCGUGGAAAUGAUGGCGCUGGACGAGCAGACCUUUACCAUCGUUGAAGAUACCAGCUUUUGUUGGCUCGUAAACCCGAGCGGUUGCGGUACUCUUUUUAUGUUUUUAUGUAGUAGCGGUGUCGGGGCAAAUCUACACGGGCAGUCCAGCCUUGUUUCUGCCUCAUAAUAAUAAUAAUAAUAAUAAUAAUAAUAAUAAUAAUAAUAAUAAUAAUAAUAAUAAUAAUAAUAAUAAUAAUAAUAGACAUGAAUAAGUUAUCGGUAUUGGUCUUGAGAAGCUACUAAAUAUGUUUCAUUGAGCAUCCAUGGUAUACUAUGUACAUAUAGCUAUAUAUAUAUAUAUAUGUACAAAUGUACCAUUUUGGCAUUUUUAUUGUUUUCCGCAAACGUUGACAGGCUUUCCAUAGCAAUUUGAAGACGAAGAGCCUGUUAGCGAUAUAUCGCUAGCUCGUUUUCUACGACAUGAUUGAUGGAAUGCAGUAAGAAGAGUUGAAUUUAACAUCCGACACCACAUUAAAGCAGGAUAACAGAAACCAAUACUCCGGAAAUGAGCUGGCUUACAUAAUACACUUCCAUUUUGGGGAAGCCUUAUCCUGGGAUAGUCACAUGACAACCAGUCCAAAACGUUUCCACGUUCCGUGUCCAUUGGGGACUUGGAGUAAGCACAAAGCCGUUUGGCACGUUUGAAGUGUUGGCUUCUUAUGGGUUCAUUUCUUUCAUUUUCUGUGUUGACUCAAGUUAGCCAAAUAAAAACGUUAAAAAAAGUAAAAUAAAUCAAAUGUAAUUAGCUAUCUUGGGGUUUUUCGGAGACGGGGGUGUCCGGACCUUUUAUGGAAAUAUUUAGCAAAACAGGCUAAACCCCAUCCAAUCUGCCAAGAAGUCAAACAUAUUUAAAGGAAACAACUUCAAACUAUUUCUCCUUUAGCCCCUCCCCUUUUAAAAAACGAGCAUAGUUUGGACACCCCUGCCCCCCCGCUAUCAUUGACUGAUCCAGGACUACCUUGGCCAGGACCCAGUGGUCAAUGGGGCAAAGAUCAGAAGGGGGAUUGUUGCCUUAAAACCGAAGAACUGGCCUUCGCUACCUCACUGCAGUUUUGUCAGGAUUGGUUUUUUUCAACACACAGGAAACGCCAUUUGCAAUGUACACGCCGAAACUACCUUUUUGUCAUCGUUUUACUGACGCCACAUAUCACUCAAUUGUUUUUUUGUCUUAUUUAUUGCUUUCUCCAUUUCCUCUUCGUUUGUGGCUAAUCUCACCUCAGAUUCACGAAAGUGCUUCAACCUGACGACCAGCGUCAGCAAGUUGCCUCGUGUACGUCUCUACCUCAGACUCGCUGCUGUGUGUCUGGCAGCAGCUUGAAAUUUCUCUUACCUUUGGCUGGAACACACCAAAUACUUUGAAUUUCACCCCCCCCCCCCCCCCCCCCCCACUUCUGUUAUCGUGACAGAUGAAGAAUGUUGAAUAAUCGGGGGUGUAACGGUACGCCACAAUCACUGCAGUAUUUUGGGGAUGGUAAAACUGCUUGGUGGCCUUUUGGGAACGACUACAAAAAAGGAAAAAUCCAAACUUCUGGCAGUUCAUUGAACAAAUGAAAAGUGCCGUGUGAAUGUGAAAAUAACAGAGUACAACCUACUGCUGCCGCUGUACUGUAGUACUUUUAUGUACUGGAGUUCAUCAAACCAAACGCCCUCAUCCUUCCCAGCAUGCUUUGUGGGUUGUAAAUUAGUCAUACACCAAUCUAAUUAGCUAAUCUAAUUAAUGAUAUUAUUAUUAAUGAUUAAUUAUAUUUGGAUAGCACAGUAAAGCUGUUCACCUUCCCAAUACUUUCUAACAUUAGACAUGAAAUACCUCUCUUCCACUCCUAUUGGCCAAUAUAGGCGAGCUAGGGGAGCCUUGGGGGGGGGGCAGACAGGAAGUGACAUCAGAGGUCCAGAGUUGAGUUUUAGGUUGCCGUGGGUUACGGCCACACAGUAUCCCGUGUGAGGGAUUGGUGUACCAAAACGGGCCUUUUCAAUACCUCAGCCAUUUUAAUGCUUGAAAGUAUUUCAGCUAAAAAAAAGAUGAUUUAUGAAUUCAUAUAUUUUUGUGGUGAGGGAUUACUGUGGGAUGGUAUUAUUUUGCAUGUAUAUUAGCGUGUAAGCGUCAAUACCGGCAUUGUCGUGUGGUGAAGUUGCAUUGCGUUUGAGUUACUUGUUAUAUUUGGUCACACCGUGAGUGGGGGUGGGGCGGGGGGGGGGGGAUUUGGUUUGAUGAACCCAUGAUAGUUUGUGUUUUUUAUCUAUAAAAAACUAAUCCCACCGUAUAUUAGUGUUACCGUGUACUAUGUAAUAUUAAAUGAGGAAAAUUAAAAUGAGGAAAUGGCCCCCAGGCUGGAGUUGGGACACCCCUGGUUUACAGCGUUUCUUAUUUUUAGGAAAUGAAAAUUCCUCAUUAAUGAUGGAAGGUUUUCAAGCUCGGAACGACCACCAUGACGCCUGCUAGCCAAAGCCUAGCCUAUGUCGUGUUUGAUUCUUUAGAUGCAUAGCGUGCAGGAAACCGAGUGUUUCACCCCCCCCAAAAUUUGUACCGUUCCACCCCAAUCAGUGUUUAGUUUUUUGUUCUUCUUUUCUCUGUUUGUAUUUUUGGAAUGCUUUGCUGUUCACCAGUUUGCCAUGGAAGCUAGCGGCGGCUGCUAUCAUAUCUGAUGAAUUAUCAAUAAUCACGGAACGUAAUUGCGGUCACGCUGACAUCUCCUUGCGUUGACGUGCUUCCACCGCGGUCGAGUGACCCUGAGACCACGGGCCCGUGUGCCUUUAUCACGGGUUUGGACUCCCGCUGCCGCUUAACUUAUUGAUAAAGAUAUUAGCAUGACGUCGUCGUGGGAUAUUGGCGGAUGUCAUUUAUGAAGAGCUAACGACGUCCCCUCCACUCGUCAGCUGAAAUGUUUUUGUCGUGUUUGCUGCCUGUGGAACGUGUCCAACCUCGGUGGUCUGAUGCCGUGGGAGCCUGUAGUACAGGAGUACGAGGUGAGGCGAGUACACAUCUCAGGGAAUACCUUCAUCCAAAUACUGUUGUUUACUGUGAACAGACAAAUGAAACUGUGUCAUGUUUUUUCUCCUUGGGAAUCUUGUCUGCUCGUUACUUUGACUACCUGUUAAGAAUGUGACCCAUGAUGUGUUCAAAGCAUGUUUAGAAUGUUAGGAGAUAAAAUAAAAAAAAAACAAAUAAAUGUGAACGUUAU